AUGCCUCAGCACACAGUAACUUUGCAAUCUCCAUGGAAAAGGAUUAGACUCGUUCCACCUACUGCCAGUGAUGAUGAAAUUGUUUCCAUAUGCCGAACGCAUCCAACAACACGCCAAUUUUUGCAGUUUUUGCCUGAACACAUGACCGCAGAAGAGGCCGGCAAUCGACGCGAAACUCGAGCUGAAGAUAAACGCAUCAUGGAUUUCCAUGUCCACUUCACCGAGAAUGGUUUGACUCGAUUUGCAGGCAUGACUGGUUAUUUUAAUCUCGACGAGGGCAAUGAAUCCUGUGAAGUCGGAAUGCUCAUCAUGCCAGAUCUACACGGCAAAAAUCUCGCGACAGAAGUUUUCUACACUAUACUGCAAUAUAUAUUCGAAGUCAGGAAUUUGCAUCGAGUAACAUUCGAGACAGCAGCCGACAAUUUGGCAAUGCGUUCUUGGUUCGAAAAGAUUGCUGGUGCGCGAUUAGAAGCAGAGAGGAGAGAGGUCUGGAAAUAUCCUUCCGGUAAUUUUGUCGACGUAAAAGGAUAUGCCAUCCUGGAGUGGGAGUGGAGAAAUCACAUUAAAUCCCGCCUCGAAGAGCGUUUAAAAGGAAUUUCUAAACCGAACAACAUGGACGCUGCUUAA